AUGAUGGCGGAUACAAAAACCAAUGCCAACGUCACUCCCGACAUUUUCACAGUUACUGGAGUUCCGCCACUUGUUGUGGUCGCUGGGGCUGGCGCAGUUGUUGAUGACGAGGUGCCUUCAGUGGUCGUUGUCGACGUGGUCGAUGGUUCCGGGAGAAAUGGAGUGACUAUGGGGUGGUUGAUUGGUAUGGAAGAGGAACUCGGUGGUGAUGUCGAUAUGGAUGUCGACGUCGAUUCUUCUGCCUGUGUCUGUGUUGUUGAUCCCCCUGCCUGCGUCUCUGCCUGCGUCUCGGUCGAUGUUGAGGCUGGAGCUUCUCCUUGA